AUGUCUUUCAAGCCAGCGUCAGCCACGGGAGUCUGCAGGCCUUCAGAGCUGGCGCAUUUUGUCCUUCGCACGAACGACCCGGUCAGGCUAGUUGACUUUUACACUAAAUUUCUCAAUGCGGAUGUUGUCCACUCGAACGAUCUAAUCACUUUCCUGACUUGGGACCACGAGCACCACCGCCUGGCGAUCGUCAAUGAUCCUAACGCAGUUCCCAAGCAGGAGAACAGCUGCGGCUUUGACCACAUUGCCCUCACCUAUGAUUCUCUGGGUGAUUUAGUACAGUCGUAUCUUGCGAGGAAGAAGAUGGGUAUCGAGCCGGCGUAUUGCAUGCAUCAUGGAAUGUCAACAAGCAUGUACUACCGCGACCCGGACGGCAACAAGAUCGAAACGCAGGUUGACACAUUCGAGAAGCCGGAGGAUGCGAUGGAGUUCAUGAUGAGCGCCGAGUUCGCCAAAGACCCUAGGGGUCCGAGUUUCGACCCUGAGGAGUUGGUGAGGAGGUUUGAGGCCGGAGAGGACGAAAAGGAGUUGAUGAAUCGAGGGGUUCCGCCGGUUGCGAAUGCAGAGGUGAAGGCUUCAGCCUAG